AUGAGUUCACAAGACUACGCGCUUGAUUAUGACGAUGCAAAUGUGUUGAGGAGACUUACGCUGGACGACGAUAGCAAUCUCAGGAUCUACAGCUUCGGCCCGAAGAACAAGAGUGGCUCCUGGAGCAUCGUCUGGCAAGCCGUCAUGCACGAGUGCGACGUCUUUGGAACAUGUGGACCUUUCGCUCUCUGCACCUACAGGCCCACAAAAACUUGCAGCUGUCCUCCUGGAUUUCACCGAGUUGAUCCAAACGACGAAUCGAAGGGAUGUGACUACAACAUACCUCUGGGAGGUUGUCAAAACUCCUCGAACUCGGUGAAGCUCGUCCAGGUGAAUCGAGCAGACUACUACUUCAACGAUUACAACUUCGACUCGACCAUCAAGUCGCUCGAGAAGUGCAAGGACACCUGCAUGCAAGACUGUAAGUGCCUGGCAGCCGCUUACAAGUACGACGGCACGGGCUUGUGCUUCCUCAAAGGCAGCUCCAACAAGCUCUACAACGGUAAGCAGACCUUAAACGAGAUCAACAUGGUGUUUAUGAAGUUGUCGAGCCUGGACACAUCUGCAGCCGACGACCAGCACGAUCCCUUCCUCGCGGAUGCAAACGCCACAGUGAGUGACCAAGUCAUGCCAAAGAUAAACAAACGGACAGUCUACCUCUCGCGGCACCUCCACUCCAUCAUUCUGUCCGUGGCCAUCGUCGAGCUCGGGCUGUUUGCCACUGGAGCCGCGGUCGUGGCGGCUGUGUGGAAGAAAAUCUCCGGCAAGAAAUGGGAGGAGAUGACGGCAGAGAUCGAGGGGCUCCCGACCAAGUUCACGUAUCGCCAGCUCCAGGAUGCUACGGAAAACUUCUGCAACGAGUUAGGCUCGGGAGGAUUCGGGAGCGUGUAUAGAGGAAACAUACCGGAGAAAGGUGGUAUUGUGGCCGUGAAGAAGAUCACCACCGUGAACCAGGCCGAGAAGCAAUUCAAAGCCGAGGUGAGCACGAUUGGAAGAGUACACCACGUCAACUUGGUCCGCCUCCUCGGCUACUGCGCUUAUGGAAACCGCCACCUCCUCGUCUACUAG